CUUCCCCGGCCCAGGAAGACGACGCUGAGGUAUAUUUAUCUGCACCAACUCAAGCUCAUGAAGUCUCUGUGUCCUUCACCAAUUGCAUCUUCUCACUUAACUGUAACCAGCUGCCUGAAAAAGAACUGGUUAUUUGUGACAAGCGCAUGCUUCACCCCACUGCAGCUCUCCAGUGCAACGGCUGUUUCAUGAUGCUGCAGGACGGCAGCUGUAUGCUAGGCAAACACACCUGCACAGCAGCUCAGGGGGAAUCCUGCUUUACCCGUAAAAUCACUAUAGCGGGCUUUAUCAAUCGUGUGGAGCGGGGCUGCACGUCCAUCUGCGAGGAUACGGAGAUCACUGAAGACUACUACAAGGACACCACCCAGUGCUGCACAGAUGCGGACUUCUGCAACAUCCACAACCCCUUCCCCAAAUUCUCCGAUUACGCCUAAGGGGAGGCUGGCGUUCAGGGCUGGCAGGGACGCCACGUUCUCCCCCGGCUCUGGGUUAGUCUCUCACGCCCCUCGCCUCAUGUAAAACCCAGCAGGACCCAAGACCAUCCCCUGGUGCCAUCCUCAAUCACACGCUCCUGUCGGCUACAAACUAUAUUUAAAUUAGGAAAUGAGCUCCACCCUCUGGCUCCACCCCACUCCCCCUGGCCACGCCCUGCUUCCCCAUGGCCCCUCCCCUUGCCUGGCUGCCCUCCCCCCAUCUUGCUGUCCCAGGCCCAGCACCCAAACUGGUGCUUUGCUGCUGUUCCGUAGUUGAAGGUGCCUGUAUCAGGGUGAUACACCCUCCCCCACAGCUGUCGUUUCAGAGUUGCCGCUGCCCCAUGAGAAUAUUAAGGGGGCUCCCCCUUUCCCUUCACAUCGCUCUGUGCAGGGCACGCAGUUUGCCAGCUGGGGAGGCUACAAUGCAGAGGGGACCCCUUGUUGCAUGCCAACCAGUGGGACCCACUCAAUUCUCCCUCCAUGUUUCCCUGUACACUGGGCCCCAGGCAACUAGCUGGCAGAGCCAUGCCUGGGACAGGAACCCGGACAGCAGGGCACUCAGGGAUUUCCUCCUCUGCAGCGUGCCCAGCUCCCUGCCUGGCUGAUCCCCCGGAGCUCCCCCUGCCCUCGGAAAUGAAUCCUGCCCGUCUCCCUGCCGUAAUCCAAACCCCACUGUGCCUGGGGCAGUCCCUGGUCUCUGAGUGAUCCUGGAAUGGGGUCACUCUGUACAGAUCACAUCCUGCCAUUCCAUUCAGCCACACACACUCGCGCGGUGUCUCUGAAACGCUGCCUCCCUGCUGUGCCCAGGGUGUGAUCCUGGCUUGCUGUUAUCUGCAGCUGAGAUUCUGCUGAUGAAACGCCUGCACUUAUCUCCCUCUUUGUCAUAUUUUGCUCUUUUGUUUCCUGGUGCAAUAAA